AAAGAGUCUGAUAUUUUGUAAUUAUUUACUUUACUAUUAAUUACAUAGUAAUUUACUACGUAAAUAUUCCUAUUUCCUUUAAAUUUUAAAUAAAAAAUAUGAGUACGAUGAUAAGUUAUCAUUCAUAUAAACUUCCAUAGUGUUACUUGCUUUUUUAAUUAAAGUUUGCCGACCGUAAAUUAGCUUACGGCCUACGGGACUGUUUGUGUAUUUUGUCGUUUAUUCGUUGAAAUAAUCAUGUCUGUGAGUGAAAAGGUAUCUCUUUCGGAUGCCCUAAGUAACGUGGACGUUCUAGACGAGCUAACUUUGCCAGAUGAACAGCCAUGCAUAGAAGCAGCGCCCUGCUCCAUCCUGUACCAGGCCAAUUUUGACACCAACUUUGAAGACAGAAAUGGCUUCGUCACAGGCAUCGCCAAGUACAUUGAAGAGGCAACUGUGCAUGCCAACUUGAAUGAACUUCUAGAAGAAGGAAACGCUCACGCUGUUAUGCUGUACACCUGGAGAUGCUGCAGCCGAGCCAUACCUCAGCCCAGGUCCAACGAGCAGCCUGAUCGGGUUCACAUAUACGAGCGAACUGUGCAGGUGUUAGCGCCUGAGGUGGACAAGCUGCUGCAGUUUAUGUACUUCCAGCGCAAAGCGAUUGAACGCUUCUGUGGCGAAGUACGUCGCCUCUGUCACGCGGAGAAGCGUCGCGACUUCGUUUCCGAAGCGUACCUGCUCACGUUGGGGAAAUUCGUCAACAUGUUUGCUGUGCUCGAUGAACUGAAAAACAUGAAGAGUUCAGUUAAGAAUGACUAUUCUACGUAUAGAAGGGCUGCCCAGUUUCUCAAAGUGAUGUCAGACAGCCAAAGUCUCCAGGAGUCCCAGAACCUCUCCAUGUUCCUGGCUACGCAGAACAAAAUCCGGGACACCGUGAAGGAUGCCCUGGAAAAGAUAACUGGAUAUGAAGAAUUGCUGGCAGACGUGGUGAACAUUUGCGUGCACAUGUUUGAGACCAAAAUGUACCUCACACCCUCAGAAAAACACAUGCUUGUCAAGGUGAUGGGCUUCGGGCUUUUCUUGAUGGAUUCAGAAAUAUGCAACAUUAACCGACUUGACCAGAAAAAGAAAAUUCGCUUGGAUCGAAUUGACAGGAUUUUCAAGAACCUCGAAGUGGUACCACUAUUCGGUGACAUGCAAAUUGCGCCUUUCAACUACAUCAAGAGGUCCAAACAUUAUGAUCCUAGCAAAUGGCCACUAUCCUCAAGCCCGAACCCUCUCUCUCCUCAAGCAGACCUGAUGGUCCACCUGCCACAGAUUCGCGAGGAGCACCAGAACUAUAUCUCCGAACUGGCCAGAUACAGCAAUGAAGUAACCACGACCUUCAAGGAGGCAGGUUCUGAUGCAGAGAACAAAGCAGUAACGGAGCUUUGCCUCCGAGGGUUGCAGCUGUUGUCCUCCUGGUGCUCAGUGCUCACCGAGCUCUGCUCCUGGAAGCUGCUGCACCCCACGGACCACGCCACCAACCCCAGGUGUCCCCCUGACGCCGAGGAGUAUGAGAGGGCAACCCGCUACAACUACACAUCAGAGGAGAAAUUCGCCAUGAUCGAGGUCAUAGCCAUGAUCAAGGGUCUGCAGGUGCUGAUGGCUCGCAUGGAGACGGUGUUCGCGGACGCGGCGCGGCGCUCCAUAUACGCAGAGCUGCAGGACUUUGUGCAGCUGGCGUUGAGGGAGCCCCUCAGGAAGGCCAUCAAGAACAAGAAGGACCUCAUACGCAGUAUAAUAGUGUCGGUGCGGGAGACGUGCGGCGACUGGGCGCGCGGCUGCGAGCCGCAGCAGGACCCCGCGCUGCGCGGCAAGAAGGACGCGGAGGCCAGCUUCACCAUCAAAGUGCCCAGGCGGAAUGUUGGUCCAUCGUCUACCCAACUAUACAUGGUGCGAACUCAGCUGGAAGCCCUGAUCUCCGACAAGUCUGGUGGAAGGAGAACUCUUCGCAAAGACCUGGAAGCAGCAGCAUUACAGCAGAUCGAGUCUUUCCAUCGCCAGAGCUUCUAUUGGAGCUACCUGCUGAAUUUAGCUGAUUCUCUUGCGAAAUGCUGCGACCUGUCACAACUGUGGUACAGAGAAUUUUAUCUGGAAAUGACCAUGGGCAGGAAAGUCAAUAAAUGUACAGUGCGCCAUCAGCAUAACGAAGAGUGUAAUGAUCUGAUCACCAUGGAGAAGAGAAUCCAAUUCCCAAUAGAGAUGUCCAUGCCGUGGAUCCUCACUGAUCACAUCUUGAGGAGCAAGGAACCAGCUAUGAUGGAAUAUGUCCUCUACCCCUUGGAUUUGUACAACGACUCGGCGCAAUACGCCCUCACCGUGUUCCGGAAGCAGUUCCUCUAUGACGAAGUGGAGGCGGAAGUCAACUUGUGCUUCGACCAGUUCGUCUACAAGUUGUCCGAACUUGUCUAUGCCCAUUACAAACAGCUGGCUGCGAGUAUGUUGCUGGAUAAACGCUACCGCGCCGAAUGUGCCGCCCGCGGCGCCAGUACCGGAUGUGGCGCGGGGCGGUACGCGUCGCUCCUGAGGCAGCGGCACGUCGCAUUGCUUGGGCGGCACGUCGAUUUGUGUGCCUUGGUGGCCCAAAGAAUUAACGCAGACAUGCAUCGCGCUUUGGACGCGGCCGUCGCCAAGUUCGAAGCUGGAGAUAUUACUGGAGUGGUGGAAUUGGAAGGUCUAAUAGCCGUCAACCGUCUCUGCCACAAACUCCUCAGCCGGUACCUGACGCUGGAUGAAUUCGACGCCAUCUUGCGCGAGUCGGACCACGGGGUGUUAGCGCCGUACGGACGGAUCACGCUUCACGUUUUCUGGGAGCUGAACUAUGAUUUUCUGCCCAAUUAUUGCUAUAACGCUGCUACUGAUCGGUUCGUGAAAUGCCGUCGCAUUCAGUUCGCCGCGCAGGUGCAAAGGGAGAAGCCACAGCAGUAUGGGCACGCGAUGCUGUGGGGAUCCAAGCAGCUCAGUCUGGCUUACUCUGCCCAGUACGCGCAGUAUAACGGCUUUGUGGGUCCACAACACCUCCAUGCCUUAGUCCGUCUCCUGGGCUACCAAGGAGUGGCAGUAGUGGUAUCAGAACUACUUGGGGUAGCUCGUGGGUUACUCCACGGGACACUGGCGCAGUUCACUCGAGCCUUAGCAGCGGCCAUGCCGAGGCAUUGCAAGUUGCCCAGAUACGAUUACGGAUCUAAUGGGGUCCUGGGUUACUACCACGCGCAGCUCACAGACAUAGUCCAGUAUCCUGACGCGCGCACAGAGUUGUUCCACGCCUUCCGCGAGCUGGGGAACAUUAUACUGUUCUGUAUGCUCAUUGAACAGGCUUUGAGUCAAGAGGAGGUGACAGAUUUGCUACACGCAGCUCCAUUCCAGAAUAUUCUGCCGCGACCCUACACUGCUGAGGGUGAGAAGCCAGAAACGAAACAGAAGCGUCUGGAAGCGAAGUACUCCGCGCUUCAAAUCGUGCAAAAUGUGGAGAAAUAUGGCACUGCUAAACAAAGCCAGCUAUCUCGUGAAGGAGACCUGUUAACCCGCGAGCGCCUCUGUUGCGGUCUCUCUCUGUUCGCGGUCGUGUUGCGCAGACUGCGCGCCUGCCUCACCGCGCCGCAGUGGCCCGCGCCGCCCGCGCCUGCGCACCACGGCCCUCUGCACACUGACGACACGCAGGAGUUCCACAGGCUGUGGUCAGCUCUACAAUUCCUGUACUGUAUCCCCGUUGGCGAAACACAGUUCACAGUUGAGGAACUGUUCGGCGAGGGUCUCCACUGGGCGGGCUGCACCAUCAUCGCGCUGCUCGGCCAGCAGCGGCGCUUCGAAGCGCUGGACUUCUGCUACCACAUCCUGCGCGUGCAGCGAGUGGACGGCAAAGACGAGCUGGUUAAAGGCAUUCCGCUAAAACGCAUGGUGGACCGCAUUAGACGUUUCCAAGUGCUGAACUCCCAAAUCUUCAGCGUGCUCGCGCGACACCUGGCGUCCGACGACGAACGCGCGGGCGUGGAGCACGUGCGCUGCUUCCCGCCCCCCGCUGCCCACCAUCACAACUAACCGCCCCACCUCAACUAGCCGCCCACCAUCUCAACUAACCGCCCACCAUCUCAACUAGCCGCCCACGACCACAACUAACCGCCCACUAUCUCAACUAGUUGCCGCGACUUCAACUAGUCGCCCACGACCACAACUAGCCGCCCACCACAUGCAUAAUAUGGAACCACCCACGAAAACGACAUCCUAAAAGCUUUUAACUAAAGGCAGACAGGAUCGCGCAGAAAUACUUAAACAAAACGAGAAUUCUAAAUAAAAGCAACUUUAUUUCGACACCGAGGGCAUAGACAAGUAGACACAGAGCAUAGAUAAUACAUAUUCUUGGAUCAUAAUACAUACAUGGGAACUGACAUUCAGCACGAAGUCAAAGUGCGCUCUAUAAAUAUCAGCUUGAGAAAAAUCCUUUCUAACCUAACCUUUUCUUUACCUUAGUAUAAUGUAUUAACUUUACCUUGACAAAUAUUUAAACAAGUGUAAAUUAAAAAUUUAUAACACCCCCGACAAGUGAAGGUUACAGUAA